GUUGGUCCUCGUUCAAACAAGGACAGGGAAAGGUUCCCUCCAAACAACAUCCUACUGAUGAUGGCCGGGGCAGGGUUGCUGUGGAUGGGUUGGUCGGGGUUCAAUGGCGGAGACCCUUAUGCGGCCAACAUCGACGCUUCCUUGGCCGUCUUGAACACUCACGUCUGCGCCGCCACUAGCCUGUUGACAUGGCUCAUUCUCGACGUUGUGUUCUUCGGAAAGGCUUCAAUCAUUGGUGCUGUCCAAGGCAUGAUCACUGGUUUGGUUUGCAUCACUCCGGCAGCUGGUACCUUCGGAAACCCUCAAAUUUCUGCCGCUAACCCUACACAUAUGGAUAUUAAAUUUUUGGGUAGAUUUAUAAUUUAUAUUCUUAAAGUAUGCAAUAAAGAAUUAUUUGCUUCUUGA